CCGGCACCGACACCGACACCGACACCGAUACCGGCACCGGGACACUGGGUGGGCCUGUGUGAGCACUGGUGCUGGCAGACACCAGCUUGAAGGACCUGGGAUGAGUUUGAAGUCUGGACUGGCUUGGACUGUCUGAAGCGCUCCAUCUGUGAAUGUCUGCACGCUCUUGGGCUUCCAUCUCUCCCAGUGUGGCACCCUCUGGAUGAAGCUGUUGUUCAGUUUUGCUUUUGCCAAGAAAGUUCCUGCAGAAGAGGAAGAUGGGAUCUCAUUUCCCAAGAGGUUGCUGAGUCACAUUGAGAGCCCCUGUUAGAUGUGCCCCUGUUCCUUGCCAGGACAUGCCAUCCCUCCUGGUGACUGCCACUGCCUGCAGAGGGGGACCUGACUGAUUCCUGCCCAGCCUGGACACCUUUGUGCCCCCAUUCGCCACUCAAAGUUGUCUCUUCGAGCAUACCGAGAAACAAAUGGGAGCUGGAGAUGCUCUGUCACAGAAGCAAAUGAUUCCUGCCAGCCAUGUCCCCAUCUGAGCGGGUCCCAGAGCCCUCUGUCCCCAGGGCCUGUGCCAGUAGCCACACUGGGAUUUGCUGAGCCACAGGGUUCAUGUUGAGCGUGUUGUGUUUUAGGGUUUUGAGGAAAAUGCAGAGGCGGCACAGCAGCAACACCGACACCGUGCCUCCUGAAAGGAACCGGAGCCAGGCUGUCAGCUCGGAGGCCAGCGUGGAUGAAAGCGGAGUGUUCGAGAGCCUCAAGGCCGAGGCCUCCUCCCCUCAGCAGCUCUUCUCGGGGCUGGCCGGCAUCCCCUCGGCCUCCAUGGCCGCCGCGCCCUUCCCCUCAGGGCUGGUGCUGGGCUCGGCGGCCGGAGGAGGGGAAGUGUUCAUCCAGAUGGCAGCCCCGAGGGACGAGGGGCCCGGCCGGGCUGAGGGGGCCCCGUUCCACCACCGCACCCCGGCCCAUCACUUCCACCACGGCCACCACCGCGGCUCCUCGCUGCUGCACAUGGCGGGCGGCGACCGGCACGGCCACGCCGAGGAGGGCACCGAGGAGCCGGCCGGGACCCCGGCCCCGGCCCUCUCUGAGCUGAAAGCUGUGGUCGGUUGGCUGCAGAAGGGACUUCCCUUCAUCUUGAUCCUCCUGGCUAAAGUUUGUUUCCAGCACAAGCUCGGAAUUGCUGUGUGCAUUGGCAUGGCCAGCACCUUUGCCUACGCCAACUCCACGCUCCGAGAGCAGGUGGCUCUGAAGGAGAAGAGAUCAGUGCUGGUUGUGUUGUGGAUCCUGGCCUUUCUCACUGGAAACACCCUGUACUUGCUUUACACAUUCAGCUCUCAGCAGCUUUACAACAGCCUUAUAUUCCUGAAACCCAACCUGGACAGGCUGGACUUCUUUGACCUCAUGUGGAUUGUGGGCAUUGCAGACUUUGUGCUGAAGUACCUCACCAUUGCCCUGAAAUGCCUCGUCGUGGCCCUGCCCAAGAUCAUCCUUGCUGUCAAGUCAAAGGGGAAGUUUUAUCUGAUUAUUGAGGAGCUGAGCCAGCUGUUCCGCUCCCUGGUCCCCAUCCAGCUGUGGUACAAAUACAUCAUGGGGGAUGAUCCCUCCAGCAGCUACUUCCUGGGUGGGAUCCUGAUCAUCAUGUACAGCCUCUGCAAGUCUUUUGACAUCUGUGGCCGUGUGGGAAGUGUCAGGAAGGCGCUGAAGGUCCUUUGCACCCCCCAGACCUAUGGAGUCCGUGCCACGAGCCAGCAGUGCAGUGAGGCAGGAGACAUCUGUGCCAUUUGCCAGGCAGAGUUCAGGGAACCUCUGAUCCUCCUGUGCCAGCACGUGUUCUGUGAGGAGUGCCUGUGCCUGUGGUUCGACCGGGAGAAGACGUGUCCCCUGUGCCGCUCGGUCACCGUGGACACCCUGCGCUGCUGGAAGGACGGCACCACCUCUGCUCACUUCCAGGUGUACUGACAGCAGGGCUGGGCACAGGAGCAGCUGGAAAAUCCCAGGAUCUCUGCUCAGUUUUGUUGUCUGUUGUUUUGUUGUCCUUCUUCCAGCUCUGAGCCAACUGAACAAUUGUGACUGGCCAGAAACUUGACCCUGGAAGGCAGGGGAGGUGUGGGUGGUUAUGGUGAACUCCAGGGUGUUUCUGGAGCUUCCAGGGUUACAGAGGGUCUGGGAUGUUUCCUAUUUUCCUGUCCUUUAGUAUGGACAAACACUGAGCAUCCAGGGCAGGGGAGCUGUGAGUGCUGAACAAAGCUGUGCUCUGCCUGAGGAGCUUCGCGUUACCUGGCCCUGCAUUCCCUGAAUCCCUGACUUUGCAGGAUUACACAGCUCCUCUCCCUGAGAACUCUUCCCAGGCUUCAGAACCUCGUGUCCAAAGCUGCAGUUGGAGAAAUGUGAUUUCCCAGCUGCAGCUUUUCCAACUGAUUCCACAAAUGGCACACGUUGUCACCUUCAGAGAAUCACAGGGAGCUUGGGAAGGACCCGCCAGGGAAGCUGGA